AUGCUGGAUGGGAAUACUACUCCCAAAUCCCCAGGUGGGAAAGAUAAGGAACUGAGCAAUGCCAAUGGCAAUGAUAUCGAUCAUGUCGUGAAAGAUAAGGAACUGAGCAAUGCCAGUGGCAAUGAUAUUGAUCAUGUUGAUGAUAAGGAGAGUGGUGCAACAAGGAGCUUUACUAGAGAAAGAGAUCUAGAGAAUGGGAAAGAAGAUCAAGAUGACUCAGAAUCCACAUUGUCAUUAUGUGGAUCAUCGGCCUCUUCUGCCAGCACUGCAAAGAGGAGAGAAAGAGAGAGAAAGAAGGAAAGACAACUUAAAGCAAAGUUGAUAGCCUUACAUCAAACGAGUGAACUUGAGAAGAAACUGAGAACACUUCAAAAACAACAUGAAAUGGAACAAGCCGAACAAGAAAUACGAAUUGCAAAAGAAAAGGCUGAGAAUUUGAGAAAGAGUCAGCUUUUGAAGGAUGAAGAAGCGGAGAUUGAAAGACAAAAGACUGCUAUUCUCUUGCAAGCAGAAUUGAAGCUUCUACAACAAGACUCAGAAGAAGAGCUACAGAAAUGGAAAGUGGAAGGUGAUUCUUUCCGUGAUCGUGGACAAGAACGAGAACAAGUAAGAGGUGACUCUUUCCGUGAUCGUGGACAAGAACGAGAACAAGUAAGAGGUGACUCUUUCCGUGAUCGUGGACAAGAACGAGAUCAAGUUAGAGGUGACUCUUUCCUCGAUCGUGGACAAGAACGAGAACGAGUUAGAGAUGAUUUUGUCGGUGAUCAUGGACAAGAACGAGAUCAAGUUAGAGGUGACUCUUUCCGUGAUCGUGGACAAGAACGAAAUCAAGUUAGAGGUGACUCUUUCCGUGAUCGUGGACAAGAACGAGUUAGAGGUGAUUUUGUCGGUGGUCGUAGACAAGAACAAGAACAAGCCUUUCGCAAGGAACCUGUGAGCAAUGAAGAAGGAGCCACCAAACAGAUGCUUAGGGAGAUGAUUAGAUUCACUGCAGAAAACAGUCUACCAUCGCCAGAUCUCGAGCCGUUCAAUGGGGAUCCACUUGAUUACCUUACCUUUAUAAGGAAUUUUGAAUAUGUGGUUGAAAAGAGAACUGAUGAACCUUUCAGAAGACUAGAGCUUCUACUAAAAUACACACGAGGAGAAGCGCAUGAGCUUAUUCGAGAAUGCCCCCACAUACAACCAAGUAAGAGGGCAUAUGAGACAGCCAAGUCCAUGCUACACAGAGACUACGGAAAGCAGAGUAACAUAAUAAAUGCAUACAAGGAAAGGGCAAUUGCCUGGGAGCAGAUACGAUCAGGAGAUAGGCAAGGAUUGCGAAAAUUCGCAAUAUACCUCAAUAAUUGCUCACAUGUUAGAGCAGCAGGGGACUUAGGAGGCAUGGAUAGUGCAAGUUUUCUGAGAGUUCUGGCAAGCAAACUACCCUUGUAUCUCCAACAGAAGUGGAUCUCACGAGUAGGCCUGACUCGUGAUAUUGCCAAUAGGAAUCCCACCCUGGACGACCUUGCACAGUUCGCCAUACAGACUGAAAGAAACAUUAACGAUCCCAUGGUACAGGGAUUGGGAUAUCAGAGGACUGAGAAAAAUGCUUCCUACAAUAAAGAUGAGAAAGAAAAACUACAAAAAUCAAGAAGCACAAAGGCAUUUGGUACAGCUACACAACAGGAUAGGGAGCAGAAGGACAAGAGGGAUCCAAGUUGUACUUUCUGUGGCACCAACUCAAGGCAUGUUAUUGACGAGUGCCGAAAAUUUGAAGCCUUGAAAGUUGAAGAAAGAUCAGAGCAAUGUAAAAGGAAAGGCCUCUGCUUCCGAUGCCUGAAACCAAAACAUCUGAAAAAGGAAUGCAAGAGUAAGAUCAAGUGUGAUGUCUGCGACAGGAUGCACAACACUUUAAUGCAUGAUCCCAGGUGGAUGAAAGACGGAGAAGGAAAUACAAGGAAAACCACCAAUGAUGCUUCAACAUCUACCGAUGUGCAAAGUGAAGCUGGAAGGAUCUCUUCAGGGUCUACCAAUGUGAAGAAAGGUGUUGGAGGAAAACCCCAGACAUCGACGUGCAUGACGAUAGUUCCAGUCAUCGUGAAGCACAAAGGAAAUGACAGAUGCAUAUCAACUUAUGCAUUCAUAGAUAAUGGAUGUGGAACAGUCUUCUGUGACACAGAACUUACCCAAAGGCUGCAUGCAAGAACCAGGAAAACCAAGCUAAUAGUCAAGACAUUGAAUCUUGAAGAAGUGAUAGAUACAGAAGUCACUGUAGAUGAGCUGCAGAUCGCAGGAGUAAAGGAGAAGGAAUUCAUCAAUCUUCCGCCCAUCUAUGUCAAAGAUGGUAUACCAGUGACAGUUUCAGAUGCUCCAACUCAAAAGGAUCUGAAACGAUGGAAACAUCUGAAGGACAUAGAAUUGCCCGAAAUAAGUAACCGCAACUCUAUUUCAAGGGUAACUCUCAUGAUUGGAGCCAACGUUCCGUCAGCAUCGAUGCCUCUAGAAAUUAAAGCUGGUGACAUCGAAGAACCAUAUGCUAUCCGCUCAAGGCUAGGUUGGCUCGUGUAUGGUAUACAAGCUCAAGAGCAAGCAGAUAUUCACAAAGUCUGUUUUUGUAAACAGGAAGAAGUUUCCAUCAUUCCUAGACAAGAGGAAUUAGAACGGAAAUUCAAAGACUUCUGCAAUAUGGAAUUUACAGAGAGACUAAGUGAUCACAGAGAGGGCCUGUCAGUUGACGACAAGACUUUCUUGGACAUAAUGGAGAAAUCUAUCACUAAGAAAGACAAUCAUUAUCAGAUAGAUCUGCCCUUAAAGCAGAGAGAUCUGGCUAUGCCUAACAACAAGGACCAAGCUGAAAGAUUUCUGGAAAGACAAGGACAGAAGUUAUCAAAGAACAAGGAAAUCCAUGAACAGUACACCACAUUCAUGAAUGAUCUGGAAAAGCAAGGCUAUGCAGAGAAGGUUCCAGAAGCAGACUUGGACAGACAUGAUGGGAAGGUAUGGUAUAUCCCUCACCAUGGGGUGUAUCAUCCCCAAAAGCCAGGAAAGAUUAGAGUAGUCUUCAAUUGUCCUAUCAGCUACAAAGGAAAGUCUCUUAAUCAGGAACUCCUACAAGGACCAGAUCUAACCAACAGAUUACUUGGUGUUCUCCUCAGAUGGAGGAAAGAGAAAGUGGCUAUAAUGGCAGAUAUACAGUCUAUGUUCUAUCAGGUGAAAGUUACACCAGACCAAUGCGACAUGCUGCGUUACUUGUGGUGGCCUGAGGGGGAUAUCACCAAAGAGCCAGUAGCCUACAGAAUGCUAGUCCAUCUUUUUGGGGCUACAUCUUCUCCCAGUUGUUCGAAUUAUGCCCUGAAAAGAACAGCAAAGGACAAUGAAGGUUGUGCAAAGGAAGAAGUCCUAGAUGCCAUACAGAAAGACUUUUACGUUGAUGAUUUUCUGAAGUCAGUAUCAACACCCCAAGAAGGCAUUGAUCUAGCUGAAUCAUUAAGACAAGUGUUGUCCAAGGGAGGCUUCAAGUUAACCAAAUGGUCAAGCAACAGACGAGAGGUCUUGGAUUCCAUUCCAAAGGAGGAACAUGCCGUUGAAUUGAAGGAUUUGGACUUACAAAGGGAAGUUCUUCCAACUGAACGAGCUCUUGGUGUAAGAUGGGAUCCAGAAAAUGACCAGUUAGGCUUCAAAUUGAAAGAAAUGUCAAGAAAGGCUACUCGCCGAAACAUCCUAUCAGUAAUGAGCUCAGUCUAUGAUCCCUUCGGGCUAGCAGCACCAUUCGUUCUGAAGGCUAAGAUAAUUCUGCAAGAAUUGUGCCAAGCUAAAUUGGACUGGGACCAGUCAAUCCCUGAAAAGCAGAAAAUGGAAUGGGAACAUUGGAUGAAUGAGCUACAAAAUCUUGACCAGGUGAAGACUGAAAGAUGUCUAAAACCAAAGAACUUUGGUAUAGUGACAAACAGACAGCUGCACCACUUUGCCGAUGCUAGCAUGGAUGGCUAUGGUGUUGUGACCUACUUGAGACAGACAGAUGAGAAUGAAGAGGUUCAUGUGGCAUUUUUGACAGCCAAAGCCAGGGUUGCCCCACUGAAGCCUCACACUAUUGUUAAGAUGGAGUUAACUGCUGCAACACUCGCAGUAAAGCAAGACAGUAUGAUCAAGAGGGAAAUGAAUAUGGAGUUGGAUGAGACAGUAUUUUGGACGGACAGUCAAACAGUUCUGAAAUACAUUGCCAACGAAACUGCCAGAUAUCCAGUAUUUGUGACAAACAGACUGAGUAUCAUCCGAGAUGGAUCAGAGACAAAUCAGUGGAAGUACAUUCCUACCAAGUUAAACCCGGCAGAUCAUGCAUCCAGGGGAUUGGAUGCCAGUGAACUAACCAAGAAGAAGGAAUGGUUUGAAGGCCCAGAAUUCCUAAAGCGGUCUGAAGAAAUAUGGCCAUCUGAGGGUGUGAAAGCUCCAGCAAGAAUGGAGAAAGCUGAUGAUACUAUGUCAGGAGAUUUGGAUGAGACUCACAUUCAUGCCACAAUGAUAAACAAGGAGGAUCCAAUAAGUGCACUCCUGUCGCACUAUUCUGAUUGGGAUAAGCUGAAACGAGGAGUUGCCUGGAUAUUGAAGUUCAAGAAAAUGCUACAAGGAAAGGGGAAAGGAAUAGAUGGCAAUUCCAGUGAAAUGUUCAGCCUGACAAAUAAGGACAUUGAAGAUGCCGAAGUCGCAAUUGUUAAACAAUUGCAACUUGAAUCAUUCCCAGAGGAAAUGAAACGACUGGCUGGUCACGGAGAAGAGAAAGGAGUACCAAAACGCUCUACCCUUAGUAACCUUGAUCCAGAAUUGAGCAAUGGGUUACUUCAAGUAGGUGGAAGGUUGCAGAAUGCCCAGAUUCCAAGCAGUGCUAAACAUCAAUACAUCCUACCAAAGAAGCAUCAUGUAACCACUCUUUUAAUGCAAUACAUCCAUAGGAGAGUUGGUCAUCAGGGACAAAAUCACAUGGUAGCUGAAUUACGACAGAAAUUCUGGGUGGUAGGAGCUGGAGUUUUAGCACGAAACAUAGCAAGGAAAUGCAUCAUUUGUAGAAAGAACCAAGGAAAGGCUGGUCAUCAGAAAAUGGCAGAACUUCCAAGAAGUCGAGUUCAGAGUGACGAGCCGGCGUUCACCAGAGUUGGCAUGGACUAUUUUGGUCCUUUUGAAAUAAAGUGUGGAAGAAGCAUAAGGAAAAGAUAUGGCGUAAUCUUCACAUGCCUGUCCUGCAGAGGGGUGCACAUUGAAGUUGCAUCGAGUCUAGACACAAGCUCCUGUAUUGAGGCUAUUCGUCGCUUCAUCAGCCGCCGAGGACCUAUGAAAGAGAUGUUCUCGGAUAAUGGUACAAAUUUAGUAGGAGCUGAAAGGGAACUGAAGCAGGCAUUAAAGGAGCUGAAUCAAGACCAGCUGAUCAACUUUCAUGCAAACCAUGGCAUGAAAUGGCAUUUCAAUCCUCCUGCUGCUUCCCAUCAGGGGGGAGUAUGGGAACGCCAAAUUAGAACAGUCAGAAAGAUACUGUGUGCAGUCAUGAGAGAGCAGUAUCUAAAGUCCUACCAGAAUGAGGAGCAGCUCCAUACAUUCAUGUGUGAAGUGGAGGCCGUCAUAAAUAGUAGGCCUCUUACCAGAUGUUCAGACAACCCAAAUGAUCUGGAUGUAAUCUCACCAAACAGCUUGCUGACUAUGAAGGGUUCAACGACGCUACCUCCAGGGAUCUUCGACGACAAGGACAUCUACUCAAAGAAGCGGUGGAAACAGAUGCAGUACUUGGCAGACCUAUUCUGGAAGAGGUGGGUGCGAGAGUACCUGCCUUCUCUACAACGCCGACAAAAGUGGCUGCAGCCAAGUCGUAACCUUCAGGUGGGGGACAUUGUACUCGUCAUAGACGAAACAGCGCACAGAUGUUCCUGGUCCAUGGCCCGAGUGCAAGAGGUUAUGCCAGACAACAAGGGGUUCGUCCGCAGAGCGAAAGUGAAAACUGCAACAACAUCGCUAGUAAGGCCAGUAACCAAGUUGUGUAUUUUACUGGAGCAGGAAAUUUGA